CAACAAGCAUCACUUAGUGAAAAAGUGUUGAGUUACCACAAAAAGAAUCACACGCACGCACUCACAGGCAUACAACUCGGUGCUAUCGAGGUCAAAAUGAAGUAAAGCGGCAAAUCGAACCCAGGUAGAAUUUAAUUCUAAAGUCAUUCACAGCUCUGUAGAUUGUUCAUGUGUAUAGUUAAAUUCACCAAAGAGCCACCGCGGGCACUCUCAGAGUAUGCCUGUCUUAUUGUGGAAGGUCCUGCUUUGAAUAGCAAUUUCAGCAGUAAGUGUCAGAGUGGAACAAAACCAGGGUUUCGCAGGUUCUGAAAUGACUUUCUUCAGCGAUGUUCGCACUUUGUUCGAGGACUUGGGACGUACGGGCAAUUCACGGCUGUUUUAUCACUGGAAACAACUACGUGUGAAUUCGCCAAGCUUGUCCGUUUGAAAGUUAAUACUGUCAAUUUAAAGUUAUUGCGGGUUUGAGCUAUUUGUCGGUCACGGGAACUCCUUAGCCGAUCAGUGGUUUCCAUCUGCGUGUGCUCCACCCACUCCGAGGCACGCUGUCGCUUCCCCAGACCCACACAAACUUGAAACUCAAACUUACUCUUGUCCCCUUUAGGAUAUGGAUGAUGGACGGACAGGGAGGCCCAGAAUGAUCAAAUGCCGGGUUAAGCUUUUCAGGGGCAAUUGAAAAGUCAGGGUAGUUUAGAAACAAUUACCCUCCUGAUAAUGAGAAACUGACUGCUUUCAGUGGCAAUUGUGCUGUUGAUAUGAAUUCACACUUUCCAGUGGAGAGACGGGACCUGUCACCGUUGUAGUUUCUGUCUCUCUGGCCGCUGAACUAACCGAAAGUGACUUGAUUCAGAAUGCCAGGGAGCAAAUCUCACUCACUGGAGCCGGAGUUUCGCAGACUGCCAGUGCUCGAUGGAAGCCCAAGCAAGGGGACGGCGGUGCCCCCGGAGCCCGGCCUCAAGAAGAGGUUGCAGGCGGUGGAGGAGGAUCACUGUAGCAGCCGACCCGCUCCGGAGGGAGCAGGGGCCGUCUCCGGGACAGAGUCAUGUCCCUUCGAGAAGGAGGAAAAGGGAGCGUGGUGUAAGAACUGCCAAGCCAAGCUGGCAGAGCUCAGAAGACAAGCAAUGAAGCUCGUCAUCCCCGGGUCCACCAAGGACCCAGGAUUUUCUGCAUUUAUUUUUGACAAGCUUCAAGUGCCUGACUCUUCAAAACGAAGUCGAAAUGAAAGUGAGAGCAGAUGUGAGAUUUGUGCAACCCACCUAAAUCAGCUGCGAAAGGAAGCCAUUCAGAUGGUCCAUAAUCUCGACCAGGAGUCCAGUCAGGAUAUACCUGAGUUGCCACACUGUUCCAACGCCGUUUCUUCGAGCAAUGCUUCCCAAAAUGUGCUCACGCUUUCCUCACAAAGAGAUUGGCCCUUUGUCAAAGGACAAAUGAGCAGACAGCCUGUAAAGUCAGGAAAUGUAAUAAAUGGCAUGGAGAGACGGAAAGGUUCUGGCUGGUCUCAGGGUACGAGCAGCCUUUCAAACUCCAGUGUUCAAGUAACUGUUGGUUCCAGUGGUCUUAGCAGUGCUUUGAACUCGGUCACCAUUCAGGCACAACAGUACCUUGAGGGUAUGUGGAGUAUCUCCAGAGUUAACAACUUCCUUCCUCAUGCCUAUCUGACACAAACAACAAUGACAGAGAGUGGAAAAGAAGGUUUAUCUCAAGAAGCCAUCAUCCAGCAGAACAGCAGCAGUCAGCCCUGGGUAACACCGGCCUCCCAGAAUUCAUUAUUGCCUGGAAGGAUUUCUUCUGGCACUUCCGCUGCAGCUUCUUUCUUCAUCAGAGCAGCACAGAAGCUGAAUCUCUCUUCAAAGCAAAAGAAAAACCAUCCACCCAUCCAGCACUCACGUGAGCUUUCAAACUGCAGAACAAAUUUCAGUGGUAUUUUGCAAGUGUCCCCUCCCCCAGCACCGCCAUGCCUUUUGAGGGCUGUGUGUAAAGUCAAGGACAACCCAGGCAUCGGAAAGGUGAAGGUGAUGGUACGGAUUUGUCCUUCCCAAGGGACAAACAAUACAUCAGAAUCAAUGUCCUUUCUGAAAGUAGACUCUCGCAAAAAACAAAUAACCCUUUAUGACCCCUCAGUGAGUGGGCAUUUAAGUUCCACCCACAGGAGAACAGUGGUUGCUGCUCCAAAAAUGUUUGCAUUUGAUGCAGUUUUCACCCAAGAUGCCUCGCAGGCUGAGGUCUGUUCAGGAACAGUGGCAGAAGUCAUUCAGUCUGUUGUGAAUGGUGCAGAUGGCUGCAUAUUCUGUUUUGGUCAUGUCAAGCUUGGAAAGACAUUUACUAUGAUUGGAAAGGAUAAUUCAAUGCAAAAUCUUGGUGUUAUUCCCUGUGCGAUAUCCUGGCUUUUUAAAUUAAUAAAUGAACGCAAGGAGAAAACUGGAACUCGAUUCUCAGUCAGGGUUUCUGCUGUGGAGAUCUGGGGCAAGGAUGAAAACCUUAGGGACUUGUUAUCUGAAGUGGCCACCGGCAGCCUCCAGGAUGGCCAGUCUCCUGGUGUCUACCUCCGAGAGGACCCAGUCUGUGGGACUCAGCUUCAGAAUCAAAACGAGCUGAGAGCCCCCACGGCAGAGAAAGCUGCCUACUUCCUUGAUGCUGCAAUUGCCUCCAGAAGGACCAGUAGGCCAGACUGUGAUGAGGAGGAGAGAAGGAACUCCCAUAUGCUCUUUACACUUCACAUUUACCAAUAUCGAAUGGAUAAGAGUGGCAAAGGGGGAAUGUCUGGAGGGCGCAGUCGUUUGCACCUGGUAGAUUUGGGAAGCUGUGAAAAGGUUCUCAGCAAGAGUCGAGAUGGUGGUGGUGGUCUUUGUCUGUCACUUUCAGCUCUGGGCAAUGUCAUUUUGGCAUUGGUAAAUGGGGCUAAACAUGUUCCAUACAAAGAUAGCAAGCUUACUAUGCUGUUGAGAGAAUCGCUGGGGAAUAUAAACUGUAGAACAACUAUGAUCACCCAUAUUUCUGACUCUCCUGUCAACUAUGCAGAAACCCUAACAAGCAUUCAGCUUGCAGCACGAAUUCAUCGAAUGAGAAAGAAAAAGUCCAAGUAUGCCUCGAGUUCUUCUGGUGGGGAGAGUUCUUGUGAAGAAGGUCGGAUUCGAAGACCACCUCACUUAAGGCCCUUUCAUGCAAGAACUACAGCUCUUGAUCCUGAUCUUCCAGCAUUAGGAAUAUCUAGUGAACCCGACUACUCUUCUAGCAGUGAACAAUCCUGUGAUACAGUUAUUUACGUUGGUCCCAACGGUGCUGCACUGUCUGAUCGCGAACUGACAGAUAAUGAAGGUCCGCCAGAGUUUGUACCCAUAAUCCCUUCCCUCAGCAAGAAGUGUGAGCCGAAGAAGGGUAAGGAAGCUGCCGUUGUUGGUAAGAGGAGUGAAAGGGAUUAUUUCAAAUGCAACACCUUUGCAGAAUUGCAAGAGAGGUUAGAGUGCAUUGAUGGAAGCGAGGAGCCCAUCAAAUUUUCUUGUGAGCAAGGACUUUUCAUUUGCAGUAGUAGUGUAGGCCCCCCAAGGGUAGAGAAUACGCAAUGUAUCUCAGUACAGGAAGUGACACAAUCUGUUGUGGUAUCAGAAAAGGGACCUCCUUCACAAAUGUAUGGGAAACGUUCUUCAGUCGAAGCAGGGUCUUGUAAAAAAGGGCAGAAUUUGGAGCCCCCCAUUGCUGCAAAGCAGCAAAAUGGAUCACCUAUGCGGAGCCCAUCUCACUUGCCUCACUCCAUAACAACUGAACAUUUAAAACUGCAGACUCAAGGUGAAGGAAGCAAACUGGGAGCAAGUGGUGAUAAUGAGGCAGAAGGAAUCAAGGAGACAAUCACGGCUUCCACCAACAUGCACAGACCCAACUGCCCUACGACGCAAGAGCAGCCGCAGGCCACGCCUGGACCUGUCGUGAGGGAGAAAUCGUUUUUCAACAGGAGACCUUUGCCAAGCCCUGCACCACCACCUCCACAACUGAAAGACAGGCAAAGCGUUAGUUCGGAAUUCAGCAGCAGUGGUGGAAUUAGAACUCCUCCAGUAGGAAUGAGCCAACAGGGCACAAGUAAACCUGAAUCAGCCAUAAUUAGAAGGGAAGUGGGCAACUACAGAAGUGGAUAUAAGCAGUCUGGUGCCUCAGAUGCAACCAGUGUACGAUCAGCAUUGCGGAGUGGGUGCAUUGACCGAGAUAUGUUGACCACCACUGUGACGUUGCAGCAGCCAGUGGAACUGAACGGAGAAGAUGAGCUGGUAUUUACUGUUGUAGAGGAGCUGUCAUUUGAAGGUAUUUUGGAAAGUGGUCGGCCAGCUAGCAUUAUUAGCUUUAAUAGUGAUUGUUCACUUCAGGCACUGGCUUCAGGUUCACGGCCUGUCAGUAUUAUUAGUAGCAUUAAUGAUGAUUUUGAAGCUUAUACCUCACCAGCAGCCAAUGCUGGAUCAAAUAUAGACACUGCCGGGCUACUUACAGAUGAUUCUUUUUGCAACAGCAGCAGACGCUCAUCGAUUAGCUCCUGGCUCAGUGAAGUCAGUAUCUGUGCUAUAGAAAGUGACGGAGCACAGCCAUCCGAUACUUUUGUUGUGCAGUCUUGCUACAGUUACGGUGAGAAGUUUAACUUGGAUUCACCUGACAUGCUGCAAGACAUGACGACUCCACUGACACUGGCUCAACAAAGCAUCUUGAGUGACGUUGCAUUCCGUCCUUCUGAACUGGCUAGCGAAAUUACGAGCUCAAGCAGACUUCUUUCACACCCCAGCCAAGGUUCUACUGCCUUAAGUUUAUCCAAAGUGAUGACUGGUACUAAUAAUUCAUCAGUAACUAGGGCAAGCACCCCAGUCCACUAUCCUGACCCAGCGAUUUCUGAAGAUAAUCCUGUUUGCUCCUCUAGUCUUCCCAGGAAAAUAAAGUCUACCUCAGCUGUGAGCCAGAGCAGCAGCACGGCGCAUUGUGGAGAAAGGCAAUGGCAAGAAACUGAGCUCGAGGAUCCCUGGUUGCUUCGCACCAACAGCCAAUCAGCACCAAAAGCUGAGGAUCACGCGCUCUCCGCGAAGUCCCCUCCCAAACCCGGUACUAACAGCCAAAUUAAACAGCAAACGAAAAUGGCCCAGAACACCGGGACCAUUCCUCGGCUGAGCAAAUUUCACACAACAGUUUCCUGUACACAACGAGUUGUGUACGGGUGUGAAAUGGCAAGUAAAUCAACCGUGGUUAAUGGUGCCGCGGGUGUGAGUGGCAGAAAAAACGAAGUGCCAGCAAAAGUGGUGCAGGUUAAAAAAGGAAGUGCAAUGGUUGCAACAAUGCCAAUAAUGCACACCAGUGCCAGUGCUGGAGCUGUACCCAAAGACCAGCGAGACACGAGCAGCUUAAAAUCAACGGCUAGUAGGAAAACAUCAGCAGCCAAGGCAAGCAUGCUGCCAAGGCUCAAUGGGACUCCACCAGCACCCCCUGUCCGUAAGUCUAGUCUUGAGCAAAAAAACAGAGCUGUGCCACAAACUAGUGCCCAAAAAUGCACCAGUCCAGAGGCAGUCAUGGUAUCACCUCCCAGAUCAGAAGAUGAAAUAGAUCGAGCACUAAAUGUGGCUCCUUGUGCUGCUGAGGGUAACUGCAACAAAGCAGCAAACAUAAAAUCCGAUCAGUUCUCCAUUAAAAGUAUCUCGGCUUCAAAAUCCAGAAUGCCUAAACUUGAGGCAGUGCAUCGCUGCGGAAGUCAGAUGUCACUCGAGAGGUGUGAUAGCCUUUCGUCAGUGGGAUCCAAGAACGGUGUGACCAAAGAAAAUGGUCACCCUGCCAACAGCAACAACAGCAGAACAGGACGCUCAGUACCCAGGCUUGGCGUGUCACCCUCAGCUCCAGUAAUGUCUACCCCAUCUAUUCCGGCGGUCCUGGUACCAGUUAAGUCCAAUCAAACCAAAUGUCCUUCCAAUAACAAGGCACUGGUGGCAGGAAAUAAGUGUCGAAGCCUCUCUUCGAGUGGUGCCAAGGGGUUAAGCACAUCUGUUAAGUCGUUAACGCAGUCAGUGGGCCGUAGUUCCAGUGUCCCAUCGAAUGGAAAAACAGUACCUCGAUCAGCACAGGUAGCCAGUUGCAAACCUGGCAAGGGAACGAUUAUGGGAACAAAGCAAGCUGUCAGGGCAGCCAACAGCCGCGUAUCUGAAUUAGCUUGUGCAGCCUCAUCCAGUAAAGUAGGCCAUUUGAGAGGAUCUGCUGAUUCUGACAGUGGGAAUGACAGCGGAGUCAACUUGAGUGAUGAAAUAAUGCAGAUGCCAGUCUUGCCUUCUCCCUACAGUAAAAUAACUGCACCAAGACGGCCUCAGCGUUACAGCAGCGGGCAUGGUAGUGACAACAGCAGCGUCCUUAGCGGAGAGCUGCCUCCGGCCAUGGGAAGGACGGCACUCUUUUAUCACAGCGGUGGCAGCAGUGGCUAUGAGAGCAUGAUUCGUGACAGUGAGGCGACUGGGAGUGCAUCAUCCGCACACGAUUCCAUGAGUGAAAGUGGGAUGUCCACAGCUGGUCGCAACCGAAGUUGCAAGUCCCCCAAGAAGCGGACAGCAGUUGUCAAAUACCAAGAUGUUUUCUUUGGAACAGUCACCUCAGUAUCAACAUCCAUUGAAAAGCUGGCUGCACCACAACCUUGUCAGAGAAGAAUCUGUGACCUGAAAAGACUUGUGAAAAAAAAUUGUUCAAAGGUUGAAAGAACAUUGCUAAGGUGCUAUGCCACUGAAGAAAUGGAAGAGUCACAAAGUUCUUUCUAGCGGGCAAACCGUCUACUUUGGAGUUGCAGAUAACCUGGUGCAUUUUUUCAGCUGUACACAACUCAGUGCAAAAGGAUUUGAUUCUUUCUGACAGCCUGGAGAAGAACCAGAGAGCAAGGAGUCCACUGCUGGGGAAAAGUCAUUGGGACUCAAUGACAGCAUGCCAUUCAAAUGUUUCUCAAUGAAAAUGAACUUCAGGCGAGGCUAGCGGGAGCUGAUUGAUUUUCCUGUGCCAAGCUUUAAAUCUAUGCUAUUAUCUGCUAGCAAGCUUUGAUGGAAUAAUUCACUAGACUUAUAUUACAACUGUGAUUACAUUUCAAAAGUCCUUCAUUGUUUCAAAAAGUUCUAAAAGGAAGACGAAAGUUGCAAUAUAAGUGCAAGUCUUUUCUCUUUAAUUUAACUUGGACAGUCUGUCAUUUGCCUUAACGACAAGGAUGGUUAGUAGAUAUUUGUGCAUUACUGGCAUGAUUUCCCUGUCACUUAAUUGAAUAAUAGAGGGUCAAAUUACAGUUUGCAAUUUGCAGCUUUUGCUAAUGGAGUCCAGAGCUGAGGCCGCCAGAAUGUAGACCGAACCUCCACUCUAUUUGCAAACGAAAGCUAUAGGAAAUGGCAGUAGCCAAUCCCUAGAUUAUUGCAUUGGAUCUGAUAACCUCUGGCUCCAUGUAGCUAUAGUCUGACUCUCAGUGGUGCGAAGGGACCUUCCUCCUAUCUGAUCACAUGCAGAGAUUCUCUGGAGUCACCUCAAGCAUUUAGAAGUCCCACAUUCAAAAGCUAAGGGAGAAAUAUGAAUAAGAAGCAAUUCAUUGCCCAACCCUUCAGGACAGUGCAGAGGUGGAAUUUUUUUGCUUAUAAUAGACAUAUUGAUAUCGGGACAAUUUGAUUCCUGUAUGUGCUAGAUAGGUUAAAGCAAUGGUGAUAUUAUCGAACAAAUGUUGUUGCAAAACACUAUUGAAACAGUAUUGGUCCACACCAUUUAGAGGGGAUUAAGUACAUCAAAUAAUUCUUCAUUGAACGUGUUAGUGAUUGCAAUCAGUCUUGAGCAAUAACCCCAGUUGGAGGUGAUUUAUCAUACAGGGAAUUACAGACUAAUGAGGCGUGACCAUUUGAGUAAAUACGUGUAACUGCCCAUGCUACAUGAAUGUUGGCAGCAGUAAUUUUGGAAAAUUAACUUCGUGGAAAUGGUAAAUUGGUUAGUAAUGUUUGGUUAAUUUAAAUGAUUACCUGCUUAACACAGGAUUGUACCAGAUGAAUUUGAGGGAAAGUAGGUUGUUUUCACACCUUUAUUGUUGGGUGUUAUCUGGUAAUCACUGGUCUACAUAGCUAUAGUUUAUCUGGAAAAUAUUGCAUUGUUUGGUGAAAUAGAGAUAAUGAAAUAGUUGAAUUCCCACAAUGAUGCUGUAAGACCAACAGCACUCCUCCAUGUUGCUCUGAGGAAUAACCACUCGAUAGUUGAAAAAACCUGAAAACCUUGCCAAGGGCCAACGACUCUUUGAGUAGUAGCACAUUUGCAAUGAACCAAUCAUCCAAAAAAUUUGCUGGCAGACUUUACUUGUAAAAUACAAAAAAAAAACCCAGUUACGUGCUAGUCAUUUCAGAUAAUAUGUAAUUGUCAACAUUGUUUAGUUGUUGAAAUAUUUCUGCACAGAACUGUGAAAUACUGGUAGAAAUUGCACUUACAAUAUACAUAUUUGCAAUGUAUCCAUAUCAUCCGUUAGCUGUACAAUCUAUGUGGGGCUGAGGAGGGGGAUAUCGGCCAUGACUGAAUGGCAGAGCAGACUCGAUGGGCUAAAUGGCCUAAUUCUGCUCCUAUGUCUUAUGGUCUUAUGGUCUUAUCUGAAGACAGUAAUGUAGAUAACUACAAUUAAAUGUAUUCUACUUUUGUACUAAGUAAUAACUUAUUCAUUUGUACUAUUUUUCUAAUUAUCCAGUAAA